GGCUUAACAAACUAUCGAGCUCAACAAGUAAACAGUUUCAUACUGAAAUCUACACGUUAGGAUGAAUAAAAUUCCAGUCAACUGGUGGCUGCAGUAGUUCCAGUGUCAGCAUUACAAGCUCAAAAAACUUUCAGCCCUUUCGUCCUGGCAUUCCUGAUGCCUUCCUCAAGCAGCAAACCCCAGGGAUUUUACUCUUCCGCCUUUUGGGAAGACUACCUGGCGACGCAGCACAGCAAAUUGCCCGAGCUUGGCCAUGUAUCAGAGCACUGCGGCUCCAAACGCGUCGUCCGCUUCCUCGGCGGGAACCCGGGCCACAUGCAGCUCCAGGGGACCAAUACAUAUCUUGUCGGCACCGGGAGGAUAAGAAUCCUCAUCGAUACAGGCGAGGGUCGUGCGUCGUGGAUAAUAAACCUAACAGGGUACCUCGACGACCACGACAUCUCCAUCUCGCACGUGCUGCUGACGCACCGCCACGGCGACCACACGGGCGGCCUGGCCGACCUGCUGCUGCGGGACCCGGACGUUCUCGUGCACAAGAACGAGCCCGAAGGCGACGGCCAGCGCCCGAUCCGGGACGGGCAGCGGUUUAGCGUCGAGGGCGCCACGCUGCGGGCGGUGCUGACGCCAGGCCACAGCUCGGACCACGCGUGCUUCGUGCUCGAGGAGGACGGCGCCCUCUUCACGGGAGACGCCGUGCUGGGUCACGGCUACAGCGUCGCCGAGGACCUGGGCGCCUACACGGCGAGCCUGGCGCGGAUGCGGGCGCUGGGCUGCGGGGGGCCCGGGUACCCGGGCCACGGGGAGUGGAUCAAGAACCUGCCGCGCGUCCUGGACAUGUACGUGGCGCAGCGGCGGGCGAGGGAGAGGAGGAUCUGCGCGGUGCUGGCGGACGCGGCGGCGGCGGCGGCUGUCGGACACCAUCAGGGGGUCGCCACUGCUGCUGCCAUGGGUGGGGGAAACGGCGGCCUAACUGUGGAGGACGUAGGGGUGCGUAUCUACGGAGAGGCGGCUAGGAGCCCGGGUGCGUUCGAUGCUGCGCUGAGGCCGCUGUUGGAUCAGGUUUUGCACAUGCUGGCCGACCAUGGCAAGGUUGGAUCUCGGCUGGUUGGAUCGGGCCAGACCAGGCACUGGUUCGUCACGCCCGGCAUGUAGUUGAUAGUUUAGGAGUUCAUACGGAAUGUUGAUGGCGAGCCAGACUUUAGCAGCCCAUACGUGC